GAGAAGGCUUCCUGGGACGACCGUGCCAAGGAACAUCCUGAUCACCAUGGGGGCAAGGGAGGCCGCCCCAAAGGGAAAGGCGGCUGGAAGAAGGGUGACGCCAGCAAGGGGAGCCCCGACGCCAGCGCAGACGCCGACGGUCUCGCGGUGUACGCCACUUCGCUGCUGGCGGGCGCGAAUGUCUCGCAGGCGUCCGAGCACGGGACCGAGUUCGACAAUUUCCGCAAGUUCGUCAGCACCACCAUGCAGGCGGUGCGCCGGACGGUCAGCAAGGCCGAGGGCCAGACCAUGGGGCUGAAGGAGCUGCCGUCCGCCUUCGAGGUGCAGUGGGGCACGGUCUUCGAGAAGAGCCGCCUGGGGCUGCAGGACCUGAGCGACCUCGCGGCCUUGCUCGCGCUCUUCCCAGACGUAUUCGCCGUCGACAUCGCCAGCUCCACGGUGACCCUGCAGCCCGGCCAGCCGGGCCUCCUCCCCCCGAGGGAGGACGUCGUGGCGCUGGCGCUCUGGCAGAGGUCGAAAGACUUACAACCCAAGAAGCUGUUUGACUGCGUGCCGUUCUACACGGAGAACCGAGCGGAGGCCCACCGGAGAGCUGCCGGGGGGAGCUUGUCCGCGGCGGAAGCCACCGCCGCCGAGACCGCCCGGCUGCAGGUGGAGGUCGACAGACGGCGGGUACCUCUGGCUGCGCUGGCCGCGGUGGCCGCGCUGGCCGCGGUGGCCGCGCUGGCCGAGCUGGCUGCGCUGGAAGCGCUGGCGGUGGUGCUGCCUGAGCCAAUGGGCAAGGCCGCUCAUGCCGCCAAUUAUGUCUCGUGCUCGGCGUGUCGGCACAAGUGGAACUGGAAGUCGAGGACCUUCUGCUUUCAGUGUGGCUCGACGCUGGGGCCCAUGGAGAUGCCGCGGCGCGACGCUGCCAAGGGCGCCUGGGCCGCACAGGCGGCGGCUGUCCCGCGCAGCCAGGGCGGGGCCCGGCAGCCUGGCGAUAUGGACGCGGCGGCCCUCCUGGCGCAGUUGCGCUGGCGACUGGGAGGCGACGCGUCGGUGGAGCUGCAGGCGCUGGAUGGCGCCAUCGCGCCGCCAGCCCAGCCUGCGAAGCCUGCGAGGGCGCCGCUGCUGGAGGAGAAGGUCUCGGCGAAGGGGUUGGCCUGCCGUAGGGCUGAAGCUCAGCUCGAGGCGUGUGUCGUUCGCGAGGAUGCGGCGCGCGGCUACCUCGAGGAGUGCAGCGCUGCCACAGCCGAGGCCGCCGUCGUGGCGUACGAGGCCAAGCUCGGAUGGCAGGAGGAGCUCAAGCAUGAGCUGCACAAGGCUGAAGGGAAGUGUUCGGUGGAUGGAGUGGCAGUCCCUGUCGGUUCCCAGAUCAACCUCUCCCAGCUGCUCAACGGGGAGGGUGAGAUUGACGCCGUCGAGUUUGUGGACGGGGAGAUGUUGGACUUCUCGGACCUUGACGUCGAGGACUGCGAGAAGGCGAGGCGGCUCGAGCCCAAAGCCACGAUGGGCAAGCAGAUACAGGGGGCCAUCUGGCACGAUGGCCGCGACCGGGAGCUGCAGCCCAACCAGCAGCUCGGGCGCCCGCCAGCCAGGCUGGCGUUCCGCCAGCGGGCAGCGGGGCUGCUGCGGAAGCCCCCCCCUGCUGGUCCCGAUGCGGAUGGCGCCGCUGCAGGUGGAGGCCCAUGUGCAGCAGCCGCAGCAGCGCCCGCUGUCCAGCGCGACCAGAAGGCUACCGACGCGAUGGUCCAGAGGGCCAGGGAGUGCAGUGGCGAAGCAGUCCAGCUCCUGAUGGAGUUGGGCUGA